AUGUUGUAUUUAAUCAAUAAACAAGGUUGUUGUAAUGUCGGAGACACUGAAAUGACAGCAUCAGGAACAACAACAAUGAUGCCGACAAGUCUCAGUACUUCUACUCAGAAUAGUUUUAAUUAUAUGCCAAACGGUAAUACUAGUAACAAUGUAGGUCAAUGUAAUACAGAGGCAGCAGCGUUAGCGGCAGCUACAUGUCUACAACAAUUACAAAUCCAAUUUAUGCAAUAUAGUACAAAUCCAUUAGCUAUGGCAGCAGCAUUAUCUGCACUGAGUAGUGGUGGCGGUGCUUGUGGUGGUGGAUUCCCAACAAAUACUCCUCACCUCCCGCAACCAAAUAUGAAUUGUCCACCAGUUCGGUUUAAUUCUACCAAUUCUGAUGUGAAUACAAACACUCCGUGUAGUACUAGUAAUAGUGUGGCGGGGAUGCUGCCUACAAACUUUGAUUGGUCAACAUCGACAACUCCUUUCUUUCCGACUGCCCUGAAUUCAAUCGAUUCAAAUUUACCAAUGAUAUUUCCAAAUGAAUCGAAUUUCCUGCUGCCUAAUAAUAAUAAUAAUAAUUCAACGCCUGGACAAUUAUUACAUCCUAUGGAUGGAUAUAGUAUGAUGAUGAUGACGAUGAAUGCUUUGAAGCCCAAUGUUAUCACAUCAUUGGCAGGAACUGCUGCCCUACCCGGAAGAUGUGACUAUUACCAGCCUGUGGACAAUUGUUGUGUAAAUACUAUUGGGGAUACAGUUGGAUUAGUCUCGGAAUCUUCGGAUCUUCCAAUUGAUUUAUCUGCAAAACGGUGA